AUGUUCCAUCAGGGAGAUCUUCAAAGCGGGAUCGGACUCGCUGUCCAACAGGCGAAAGCCGUUCUGUGUUUAAUCCAUGAUGGGAGUGACGCCAGCAACGAGUGGGAGAAUGUUUUACAAGAUGAUGCUUUAUCGCCCGCCAUCACAUCCCAAACCAUCGCCCUUCGAAUACAGGCUGAAUCGCAGGAGGCUUCAUUCCUCACGCCAAUCGUUGCUAUCAACAGCACGCCUGCUGUCAUUAUCAUCAAGAAUGCCCAAUUGCAACUCAACCUCCAGUCAUCAGAAGUGUCAGUCCAAGAACUCAAAGACAAACUCUCAUUCAUAUUCAGCCCACAAGAAGUGCCAGGGUCGGAGAACCAGAACGAUGAAGAGUUGACCGAUGAAUCCACCUCAGCAUAUCUCGAUCUCCAGCCCGCACCUGGACAGAUGAGGCUCCCAAACAACGCUUACGAUGCGCUGCGAAAUUACACUGAGACACUCCUCGAACAGGGAAUGCCUCAUAACAAGAUUUUGGACACCCAGUUGUCCCUUCUGAACAAUAUCCCAAUAUUCAAAGAUGAGGUCACUCGAUUACAGUCCACCUCCAGCAAAGAGCUUUCCGAGUAUGCUAGAUCUCGAUUGCUAAGACUUCCAGCGGUGGGCUUAAAAAUUCCUGGUCAAGCAAAGCCGGCCCCUCCUAUUGCCAGCCCAUCAUCCUCUUCUCGAAUUGCAGUCCCUCAACAACAAGCGUCGACACCAGCUAGCUCAACACGGCCACCUCAAAAUCUGGCCGUCACUAAUCCGCCUUCACAAGCCACCUCUGACAAACAAAAAAGUCAGCGAGAUGACUACAUCAAAUUGCAACGCGAACGUGAACAGAAGCAGCGGGACGAGAGAGAACGAAUUAAGGCGCAGAUCAAGGCAGACCGUGAAGAACGUCGACGGUUAGAUGAGAUGCGGAAAGGUAACAUGGACUCAUCAACGGGUCAUUCGACGAACGCAUCUUCCGCGAGUAGUUAUUCCAGAGCACAGCUACAGAAGAAAGAGGUCAGAAUUCAAGUCCGUACCUUUGACGGCAGCACAUUACGCUCCACUUUCCAACCCUCUUCAACACUCUCAGCAGACGUUAGACCGUGGAUAGACGAAGAGUCCGGAAUCAAUGCACCAUAUAAUCUCAAGCUCAUCCUUACACCACUGCCCAAUCGCAGCAUCGAAGCCUCUGAAGAAGGACAAGAAUUGUCAGACCUCGGUAUCAUUGGCUCUUGUACUCUUGUCAUGGUACCCGUCAAAGGAUACGUCGAAUCAUACACUGGUUCAUCCACAGGUGGUCUCUUAGGGUCUGCAGUGAGCGGUGGUUUCGGUCUUGUCACAGGCACUGCUGGAGCUGUGUUUGGCGGUGUCAAAAGCAUCCUUGGUUAUGGAACUCCUCCUUCUCAACCGACUUCUGCUUCCGCAAGCAGCCCUAUAGCAGGGGCAGAUAACGGAGAUCAGAAUCAACCGGAUCCUUCUAAGGUGCGCGUCAGGACCCUCGCAGACCAAAGGGCUGAGAGUGUUGCGAAAAGAAGGGAUCAUCAGCUGUACAAUGGCAACCAGUUGAAUUUCGAGCCGAAGAAAGACGGCGAUGGGGGUGACGACCAGGCAGGACUGAAGAGAGACUAA